AUGAAAGACCCAGGCCUCGAGAAAGCGUACCCGACAAAGCAAGAGUCCGAGAAUAAGUUAACAACAAAGUCAGGUAGACCCUGUUUUGCUGCGAAAGACAUUCUUCAGAGGAAAACCACAUUCCAUAACAAGUUGAUCUCAAUUGUCAUGAAACACCAUAAGAAAUUUUUGUCCUCUCUAUCUCGACCCCUUUCUGUCCCUGAAGACAAAAUCACAAGGUGGCAUCCAAAGUUUUCCCUGGACGAGGUUCCAGAUAUUCCUGUUGACAGCCUGCCAGAAGCUCCGUAUGUGAAGAAGUACCAGUCAGCUCUAGACGUCCUGGAGGAUAACAAAGCCAGGCUUCCAGACAGGGUAAAGAAGGCCCUUAAUUCAGUAGCCAUGGAAAACACAAAAAAGGAGCCCAGUAACUCACCAGAGCCAUCAGCAGCUAAGAAUUUACCUCAGCUGCAGGGAAUUCCUCAGUCCCUAUUGGAGAAGAUUCGAGCUCGAGAAGCAAAGUAGCAGGAAAUUGCGAUGAUGCGUGACCCUGUGGAGGACAAAAGGUCACUGAUGAUCCAGCGUCUCCCUGAGAUGAUGAGAAUCCUCAGGGCCCACUUUGUGACGGAAAAGAAACCAGCUCUUACAAUGGAAAAUAUAGUACAGAAACUCACCGACAGCUACAAGACAACAAGAACCUGUAGAGUGGGUAUAAAGACCCUGGUGAUGAGUAUUACAAACCCUGGUGAUGGGUAA